UUUACUCACCAUACAUUAAUUUUGAAGAAAUAAAAAACAUGGCAAAGCUAAACACAAUUAUAUUGUAUUGCUCUAUUGCUAUUGUCAUAUUAUCAUCAAUUCCGUUAGCUCAUUGUAACAUUGCACAAGGUCCUAAAGCAGUUGAAAAUUGGUUCCAAAAAGUUUCCCAUUCAAAACCAAAAAUAACCAAACUUCAUUUCUAUUUUCACGAUAUAGUUGCUGGUAAAAAUCCAACGUCAAUACCAAUUGCCCAGGCUAAUUCUACGUCUCAUUCGCCUACGGCGUUUGGGACGCUAGCAAUAUUAGACGAUCGAUUAACAACGGGACCAGAAAAUAAUUCAACGACUAUUGGUCGAGCUCAAGGAAUUGUAGGUGCAGCUUCUCUUGAAGAAUUUAGUUUGUUGAUGAGUUUGAAUUUUGUGUUUACUCAUGGGAAAUAUAAUGGUAGUACACUUAGUCUACUUGGACGUAACACUGUUUUGAAUGAAUAUCGUGAGAUGCCUAUUGUUGGUGGUUCUGGUGUUUUCAGGCUAGCUCGUGGUGUUGCAACCGCAAAAACACAUACUUUAAGUAAGAAUGGUGAUGCUAUUGUUGAAUAUAAUGUCGUAGUUUUACAUUAUUGAGUUAAGAUUAUAUUUUGCUAAUUUUAUUUUGAUUCGUCUUUUUUUUUCUUCUCAUAUGUACCUUCUUUUUUUCGUUUUCACAUUCUAAUGUUCCUGUAAUUUGAUAGCAAUGUUGAGUUUUCGUGAUCAUGCGACAAAUUUCUACUU